AUGGGUGCUAAAAUGGACACACAUGUCGGGCACUUGCUAGAGGCACCCAACGCGGCGACUAACCCCAAACUGUCCGCCUCGGUCACGUGCCCACGCAUGCGCCUUGCCGCCCGCGAGCUCGUGCUCUCACCACGCCGGUGCAGUGGCAGCGGCCGAGUAUGCUUGCGCCCUCGCGCAUUGGCAGCAGCCGAGCCGCCCCGCCCGCAGCCAUCCUCGCACUGCGCCCACUGCCGCCGUCGCGCCGUGCUCGCCGCUCGCCCCUUGCCACCCUGCCACGCCCCGCCUCGCCCUCGCCCCGCCCGCCCCCGGCUCGCGGCCGCACGCCUCCGCGCGCCCGCCUCGCCCCGCACGCCCGCCUCGCCCCGCGCCCGCGCGCGUCCACUCGCCGCCCCAGCGCGCCCGCUCACCACCGCGCGCCGCCCGCUCGCCGCCCCUGCACGCGCUCGGCCCCGCCUGCCGCCACGCGCGCGCACUCGCCCCCACCUGCCGCCGCGCGCGCUCGCGCCCUCGCCUUGCCCCGCGCGGGCCCGCCUCACCGCGGAUCGCCCCCGCCUACAGCCGCGCGCGCGCUCUCGCCACCGCCUGCCACAGCGCUCGCUCCCGCGCGCGCCCAACCCCGCCUGCCUGCCCGCAGCGCCCCGCCCCGCCUGGUGCUCCCCUGCGCGCCCGCCCGCGACCAGGGCUGCUCCCGCGCGCUCGCAGCUCUCCCGCGCCCACGCUCCGCCGCGCGCCGCGCUCGCCCACGGCUGUAGCACCGCGGUGCGCACCGGCAUGGGGAGGAGCAGAAGAGUGAGCAAAAGGUGGAGAGAGAGAGGAUGGUAG